AUGGCAGAAAAAUAUCAAGCGGGCGAGGAUGACACCACUUCGCUUGCAACAGGUCUUCUGGCUGAUCUGCGAGCCAUGGGCUCCACCAGAGAGGCCAUUGGAGACCUUCAUUGUCUCAUCGAGGGCAUGAAGCACAAAGAAAAAUACAUAGAUGAUAAGCAGCUCAUGAUGGAAAAAAUGAUCAAGAUUACAACAAAGCUGCCAAGUACAUCAGCGAGUCGAAUUAAGCUCACACAAAUGAUGAUCAAUGGAUUAUGGGAUAGUCUUCAGCAUCCGCCAUUGAGUUACCUUGGGGACAAAUACCAAUACCGAUCGGCGGACGGCAGUAACAACAAUCCAUUGCAUCCAAGGCUAGGCGCUGCUGGAACGCCAUAUGCAAAGACUACAAGACCAGAAAAGAAAUUGCAGGGCGUGAAGCCUGAUCCUGGUUUACUCUUUGAUUUACUCAUGGCUCGCGAUCCAGAAGACUUCAAGGAGAAUCCAGCAGGUCUCUCCUCGGUUUUAUUUUAUCACGCAAGCAUCAUCGUUCAUGAUAUAUUUCGGUCGAAUCGAGAAGACUGUAAUGUAUCGGACACCUCAUCCUACUUGGACCUGGCCCCGUUAUAUGGCUCCUGCGUGGAAGAUCAAUAUGCAAUUCGGACAAUGGAGAAUGGAUUCCUCAAGCCAGACACGUUCCAUGAGAAGCAACUACUUGGUCAACCUCCCGGAGUGAACGUUAUUCUUGUCAUGUACAAUCGUUUUCACAAUCAUGUGGCAGAAAUGCUCCUCAAGAUUAAUGAAGACGGAAAAUUCACUCUCGGUCCAGGAGAUACCGAAGAGGAGAAGAGAGCAGCGAAAAAGAAGCUAGACGAGGACCUUUUCCAGACUGCACGAUUAGUCACCGGAGGACUAUAUGUGAACAUCUCCAUGGGCGACUACUUGCGCGCUUUGACGAACUCUCACCACACGAAUACAGACUGGUCACUUGAUCCUCGACAAGAGAUUGACAAAACGUUUGACAGCCAAGGCGUUCCACGAGGCGUAGGCAAUCAAGUCUCAUGUGAAUUCAACCUCCUGUACCGGUUUCACUCCGCCAUUUCCAAACGAGACGAGAAAUGGGCGGAGGACUUCUUUCGCGGUUUCUUCCCUAAUCUGAAGAAACCUCUAGAGCAACUAACCCCGCAGGAGUUAUGGGCUGGUAUGGGGAAGUUUGAAGCUAGUCUGUCAAAAGAUCCUAGCCAAAGAGAAUUUGGUGGUAUCAAGCGAGGAUCAGAUGGCAAGUUCAAAGACGCUGACUUGGUCAAAAUCUUUAAAGAAAGUUGCGAGGAUCCAGCAGGGAUCUUUGGUGCUCGAACAUGUCCCAAAGUAUUGAGAGUCAUCGAAAUCAUGGGUAUUCUCCAAGCUCGAAAGUGGGGUGUUGCGUCACUCAACGAAUUUCGGAAGAGUUUCGGGCUGAAGCCCCAUGCCACCAUGGAAGACGUGAACUCGGUGCCAGAAAUUGCAGAUUUGUUGCGUAAACUUUACAAUCACCCAGACAUGGUUGAGCUCUACCCAGGACUCUUUAUUGAAGACUCCAAACCCGCAAUGGAGCCUGGACAUGGCAUUUGUAUCACAUACACUGUCGGACGAGCUGUAUUGUCGGACGCUGUUACACUUGUUCGCGGUGAUCGCUUCAACACACUUGAUUACACUCCUGCCACUCUAACAAAUUGGGGUUAUCAAGAAGUAAACGCAGACAAGAAGACCCUUGGAGGCUCAAUGUUCCACAAACUAGUCCACAGAGCUCUCCCCGGAUGGUUCCCAUUCAACUCGCUCCACAUCAUGCAACCCAUGUACACCCGCAUAACAAAUCAAAAGAUCGCGGAAAAACUUGGCCACAUCUCACUGUACUCGAUCGCCGACCCCGCACCUCCACCAACACCAAUAUAUAUCAAGAAAAACGAGCUGGUCCGCAAAAUCUUGACAGAUAAACAGACGUUCAUGGAGCCGAAUGGAGUUUGCCUAGCGGGUCUAUUUCCCGGCAAGAGAGACUUCUCCAAGUACAUGCUCGCUGGUGAUGGUCCCCACAAUACGGCCCAGCGAAAUUUGGUUGGUGACAUCCUCUAUGGAUCCAAGAGCCUGCAGUCUUCACUACGAAACUUUCUUUCCAAUUAUGGUGCCAACCAGCUGAAAAUUGAGUCCCUAGAAUUGGGCAUUAAAAACUUAUACCAGGUCGACAUUCUCCGAGAUGUCGCUAUUCCCGUUAGUGCAAGAAUGCUCUCCGACCUCUGGUGUCUCGACAUGACCACUGCGGAGAACCCAGAUGGAUCACUAUCCAUGAAACAACUUCAGACUGCUCUCGUUGAUGUGCGACAAUGGCAAUUCGCAGCUCAUGAUCCCGCCACGCAAUGGACUCAUCGAAGAAAGCGCAAGAGGGAGCGAAGUCUGUGCAAGAAAUCUCAGAUCUUUGCUGGUGUAACGCCAUUUGGAGGCACCGCUGUGACUGUAGGAAUGUUCGCGGAGGUACUCCAGUUCUUCUUGAAAAAAGAGAAUGGGACGCAUUGGGCCAAUAUUCAAGAUCUAGCAGCCAUCAACAGCCCCGAAUCUGACAAGAUCAUUCGAGAGUAUGUCAUCGAGGCACAAAGAUUGACUACGAAACAGUUAUUGUCUCGUAUAGUACUCAAAGACACAGAGAUCGACGGUACAAGAUUUGAGAAAGGAAACAUAGUUUUAAUGUUCCUUGGAGAUGCAUGCAGGGAUCCUGAAAGUGUUCCAGAUCCUCUAGCAUUCAAACCUGGCCGUCCCAAAGAAGCCUAUGUGCAGUUUGGAUGGGGCCCACACAAUUGUCUUGGACGUGAGAUUGGCAUCAUGUUUUUAAUGGAGAUGAUCAAAUUAGUCGCAAAAUUGAAGAACCUCCGGCCUGCACCAGGAGAAAUGGGUGUGUUGAAAGCUGUUCAGGUCCAUAAUCAACGACAAUAUAUGAGCGAGAAUUGGUGUGCAUUGACUUAUGAUGCAACGAGUACGUCUUUCUACUCUAGCAUGAAAAUCCCACUAGACUGA